AUGUCACUGCAGCGGUGCGCCUUUUGCAUAGUACUACUCAGCAGAGUAUUGCUUGGCUGCAGCAAAUCGUCGCCAUUUUUUACUGUUGAUGAAGAAUUGAGUACCAUCCUAGACUUGGAAGACAGAAUAUUGGAUUUAGUCGAAUAUCAGAUACGACAUUAUUUAAGAUCAGAUGUUAAUAAUUAUGAUGUCGAUUUAAAUUUAAUGCUAGGAGUAUCCAUAAUGAAAGGUCAAUUUAUGUCGUGUUAUAAAAAUUCUCGAAUACAUUCYAAUGCUGGUUUCUUCAAGAUAUACAAAUUGAAUGUAAUGAUUAGAAAUCUUUACGUGAAAUUUUAUAAAAACAAUUUGAUGGAUUCAACAAGAACAAUUCUCGAUCAUAAGCUCUGGAUUUCUCCCCAAACAUUGAAACACAAAUCAAAUAUUACUUUGCCUACUAAAGUAUGGUUCGAUGAAGAUAUUUUAGCCGAUGGUGAUGCAUAUUUUCGAAAUAUUUCGGAUAAAUGCAUUGGUCAAGUGAUUUCUUCAUGCAAUGUAACGUAUGAAUGCUUUCAACUAGAAUUUAAAAAACGAUUUUUUGGAUACGCGCUUACACACCAAGUGUUGUACAUUCAUCUUUUAAGAAAAAUGAAAAUAUGUAAAAAUCUGAAACAUCGAAAUGUGUUAAAAGAAAUAAUACAAAACAAAUGCAGUACAAUUUUUGAAGAAGCUCAAAACAUGGCCAGUGAUUUAAAAAUGCUGGACAGAUACAAAGAUUUAUUCAUUGAACAAAUUGCAGUUUGUGGAAUACAAAACAUGGUGGAUUUCUUUCGGCAGGAAUGGUUUCCAAUUAUUGUGUCUUCAAUCAAGCACAAUAAGUGUGUUCAACACAAAAAUGAUGAAUCGUCUUGUGAUUCACACUUGACAGGAGUAUCAUUGGCAGCGUUGGGAGUGUACUGGAAGUUCCUAUGUCACAAAAUCAACACAAUAUACGGAGCAUAUUGAUUUUCAAAAUACUAUAAUUAUAUAAUAUUGGAUAAUAAUAUACAUUUACCAUUUUCAUUUUGGUCAUUAUAGGAUACAAUAUGGAAGAUUUACAAUACAAAAAUAUUUACACAAUUUCGUUAUUACACCAUAAUAAUUAUUAUAUAUAUGACAUAUUUAUAUAAUAUAUAAUAUUAUAAUAAAAAUAUUACAACGCACAUUUUGUCCAAUUAAUCAGUUUGCGAUAUAAUAUAAUUACUAUCAAACAUAAAUGGUAUAUUAUGUAGUCGGCGCCAAUAAGGAGCUCUGAGUUUUUUUUAAUGACAAUAUUAUUAUGUUUAGACACAUAAACUGAAUAUCUGAAUAUUAUUAAUUAUAAAUAAUAUCAAUAUACAUGAUCAAAAAAUAUCUUAAKUCCUAUAUAUUAUAAUAAUAUGCGCAUAUAAUUUUUAAUGAAAAUAAUCUUAUAGUCGAAYG